UGUGUGUGUGUGUGUGUGUGUGUGUGUGUGUGUAUAGUCCUAUAUAGAAUUUCCAAAGUGACCACACCGCACACACACACACACACACACACACACUCGUACAUAUGAAGCCUGUCAUUUCUCUACAAACCUAAAAAUGAACAUUUCUCUGUCGCCGGGCAGAACUCGGACCUAAAAUAACCUUUGUUUUUCAGAAAGGGGGUGAAGGCGAGGGGGCGUGGCCUCUGCUCUGUGAGGUGAGUCAGGCAGAGCGUGAAGGAAGAGAGAGCGAGGGGCAAAGCUUUUAGUUUCACGUCGGUCGGCGUCUUUUUCUUUGUGGAUUAAUUGCUCUGUGUUCCCGCGGGUCUGCAGUGGCUCCUCCCACCAGAACAAACCUGCGAACUCUCUGAGACACUGACCUGGAAACACCUGGAAACACCUGGAAACAGCUGGAAACAGCUGGAAACACCUGAAAAGCACCUGGAAACACCUGGAAAGCACCUGGAAAGCACCUGGAAACAGCUGGAAAGAUGCUGCAGCCUGCGCUCAGCUGCCUGCUGCUGGGUCUGAUUUCUUCGGCUCCGUUGAGUUCAGACGGCGACUCGUGGUCGGCCUCUUCCUCUGAUGAAGACCUGCAGGGAAAUCUACUUCCUGUGGUGGGAGUGGCCUCCCCCAAAACGCCGCCCACGGUGCCCGAAGCCCCGCCCAGUGUGAUCGUGGCGGUCGAGGACGCAAAAACAAACAUCACACUGAGCUUCGCCAUCUUCGUCCUCGCUGAGGAAGAGGAGGAGGGGAGCGGGACAGACGGACGAGGAAGAUCAGACGACAGCAGCGAGAGCGACGACAUCAGCAGUGAAGAGCCAAUGGCAUCACUUCUCCCCACGCAGACAGAAACCAGCAGCCAGCCAAUGAAGAAAGAGUACGAUGAUCAUAUGACCAUUGCUGAUGAGGAGAACCUGUCGUCAGAAGAAAUGAUCAGCGAUCAACCGAUGCUUACCUUUUCCGAUGAGGAGGCUGAUGACUUUAACAACACCUUUAAUGGGAACAACGGGAACAGAAAACGGACUCUUUCUGGUGACUUUGAUGAUUUCAGCAACAGCACAGAAAGCAGGGAGGUCUACAGUCAGCCAGCGGUAACGGUUGCUGAUUACUUUGAUGACAAUAACAACACCGGGUCUGAUGACUUUCCUAACAAUACAAACAGCCAGGAGACUGCUGAUCCAACCGCACCGCUUUCUGAUGACUAUGAUGAUUUUAAUAACAGCACACAGAUAAACUCAUCUGAUGACUUUAGCAACUCAUUGUCCUCUGAGGUCACUGAACUGAACCAAAACCUGCAGGGUAUCACUCUAAAUCCAGAUAACCAGAGUCCCAGCAGCAGCCAGCAGGACCAACUUGUCCUGGAUCCAGUCCAAGAGGUGACGAGUUCAAGCUCAGAGAAAACGAGCUCAGUCAACCAGGACAUUAGCAAAGGUUUCCGGUUGGGUUCUAGACUUCAGGAGGCGUUUCGCUCCAUCCAGGAGGUUGUAGAUCUGCUUUCAGGCAACCAGGGAGUGAUGGGGGGGAAGGGUAGCCAUCUUGGUUCAGCUCCCAAUUCCUUAACUGGCAGUCAGAUGGGUUUUAGUUUGAGCUCUGAUGAGAGUAAUGAGAGUUCAGAAUCUGUUAGCUUCAGUAACGUCGGCUCCGAUCCCAAAAAUCAGACCGGUGUUAGUCCAGGUCCCAAGAGUGAUGAGAGCCUGGAGUCCACCAGCUACAGUAUCCAGCAAGGCACUGGUUCUAGAGGUUCCACACAGCAGGUUACUGGUCCCACAACAAGAUCAACUGACUUGAUUAGUCCUGAUCCAGACAGCAAAGACGUUCAGGACACUUCUGGAACGCCCAUCCAAGUACAUACCGGUGGUAGUUUAAACCCGGUCAGUCCAGAUCAGGAUGUAACAUCUAUGAUCUUGAGCUCGCAGAAGGAUACUGUGUCCAAGGGGCGAGCCAGGUCCUUCUCCCAGGUGAAUGUUAGCUUAAACUCAGACAGCUCUGAGGAGAGUCAAGAAUCUGUUUAUUUACAGCAGGUUGUGGGUUUGAUGACAUCCAGCCCAGGACUCUCCAGAGUCAGCAGUCCAGAAGUCAGCUCCAGCAGUGAGGAGGUCCUGUUGGCUCUUGCCUCCUCGACCUCUCCUGUUCUGGUUUCCUCACCUGUCCCUUUCAAUCAAACACCAGCUGAGUCUGGAAGUUUCAGCUCAGAAUCAGAGAAGUCUGAUUCGUCAGACUCUAGAUCUAAAUCAGACUCUCCAGGACUUGAUUCAAGAAACGACUCUCAGAGCACAGAACCUAAUCCUAAUCCCAUACCGAUUUCUGAUUCUAAUCUCAGUCCAGAGUCUAACUAUAAUCCCAGUGUUGGUUUGAACUUCAGCUCCGAGAUCAGUCAGGGAGAGUCUGAAGAAUCGCCAACCAUCAGGGUCCCUACAGAUGCUAACUCUGAUGCUAUCAGAGGAGCUAACCCCACUGUAGACUACACAACUAACACUGCUAGCAUAGCUGCCAGCUCUGAAGCUAGCAUGGAUACCAAACUUGAUAGCAGUGUAAAGGACGCUGAGGCAAGUUUAAGCUUAGAAGCUACAACUGAUUCUAGUAACGAUGUUAGCAUUGAAGCAGACCCCACCACUGCUACUUUGUAUAGCACUAGCCUUUCUAGCAUGCAUGUUAUUUCUGGAGCUAGCGCUGACGCUAACGCAGACGCUGGCAGCGAGGUGAGUGUUGAAGAAGAAGAUGCUGGCACAGAAGCCACUGCUGAAUCUGUUGUUAGCAUGAAGCCGACUGCCACCACUGAGUACAGAACAAACCCUCCUGACUCCGGAGCUAGCACUGAUGCUAUCGCUAAUGUAGAAAGGGAGCAGGCAGGUUCAGAUGUUAGCACUGAGGCUAACCCAGAUGCUAACAGCUCAGGUCCAAACCAGUAUGCCAGCAGUGAGGAAAACACGGCCUCUCCUCUUCCUCCUCCUCCUCCUCCUCGUAGGAAGAGACCAUAUCGCUUCGGCUUCCUCGGUCCCAUCAGUCAUUCUUACGGCAACCAACCCGUUGCCAGGGAGACAGUGUCCAAGGAAAGAGUUGCCUCAUCAAACGGGCACAUCAGGGAAACGUUAGCAGCACGACAUCGUCAGAAUGAGACACCACAAACAUUUCAUCACAAGCAAAACGUUUCCUCAAAGCCACUUUGCGCCUUUUUUAACAGUCGUCAUUCUGGCAGAAAGCAGAUGAGGGUUAGCGUAGCGGCGGCUAACCCAGCUCAGAGCAGCAGCGAGGAAAACAACUAGUGUGGACGGUUGGUUCCCGUCAGCUGAGCUCAGUCUGGCGGAGGGUUGAUCGCCGUUUAUCCACCGUAAUAAAUUCCAGUAAAGAAGUCAGUGAACUGCCGGAGCGGAGAGCAAGAACGCCUUCACUCCUCGUGUUCGCACCUGAAGGCAGCAGAUCAGUUGUUUAUUCCAUCUGGUUCGUGGACUUUUUAAAAUCAUCUUAUUUCUUGUUAAAUGAAAAUAGAUUUGCUGAUGCUGACGUGAUGAUGUCAUCUUAAAUCACUGCUGAGUGGUGGAGCAGUUCGAUGAGUUCAGCCAAUCAAACGGUUCUCUUUUUACUUUAAAUGUCAGUUUGGGGCAUAAAGUGUUUAUUACAUCUUGAUAUUUUCUGUUUCGUGCUGUUGUGACUUCACUGUCAGAGAACAUCUUAAAUAAACUAGUUGUGUGAUAAAACUCAGAUAUCAGAAUCAGAAAUACUUUAUUGAUCCCCGAGGAGAAACUCUUUAAGAUGUAAAACUUACUCAGUACUUUUAAAUGUAAUUCCAUAUUUAAAAAACGAACGAUAACCUGAGAUGAUCUGGUUCAUUCUUUACUGUCACGUCAUUAUGGACUCCGGUCUUCAGUUCCCCUGUGUGGUAUCAAUAAAGUUGUUUUAAAGUUU